CAUAGAACGUGAGAGUGCACUAAACCUUGAACUGCAAGAAACAAAAUGAAUGCAAAAAGCAGCUUGAUACCAACAACAAGCACCCAGAAAGGUCCUGCAACCAUGACAGGGAAAACAUUAUCCGGUGUUGGAAACCUCAUAAAGCUUCUUCCAACAGGCACUGUUUUUCUCUUUCAGUUCCUAAUCCCUGUCGUCACAAACAGUGGACACUGCACAACCUUGAACAAAUACUUAACCGGCGCUCUCCUCGUCAUUUGUGCCUUUAACUGUGCCUUCGCUUCCUUCACCGACAGUUACACCGGCACCGACGGCGAGAGGCAUUACGGCGUUGUCACGGCCAAGGGACUGUGGCCCUCUCCGGCGUCGGAGUCCGCUGACUUGUCGGCGUAUAAGCUCCGGUUUGGGGACUUCGUGCAUGCUUCUCUUUCGUUGGUUGUGUUUGCUGUGUUGGGGUUACUUGACACCAACACUGUGCAUUGUUACUACCCGGGAUUUGAGUCUGGUGAGAAAAUUCUGUUGCAGGUGUUGCCACCGGUUAUUGGGGCGGUUGCAAGUGCUGCUUUUGUGAUAUUCCCUAAUAACCGCCAUGGAAUUGGGUACCCUACUAGCGCUGAUUCUAAUGAUCCUACCCAAAAGUCCCAAACAUAAUCUCGUGUUUCAUGUAUAUUGUUGCAUACACCAACUUGCUCUAU